CAAAAAUCGGCCCUGCCUAGUAGGCCUACAUUCAGUGGCAAUAUCUCAAGAUUUAGCAAAAAUACACCUUUAUUGAAUAUACAGUAACACGAAUACUACAAAUCCAAACUGUUAGCCCGGAGUUCAUAUCUAAUUAAAUAAGGAAUUACAGAUUACUGACAUUAUUUAAGUUUCAUUGCAUUACUAUCAAAUGUAAGCUUAUUCUACUUGCUCACUACCAAAUGUAAGCAUAUAAUACUUACAUAUGUUAGUUAAGCAAUGUGUCAAUAAUUUUAAGUUAAGUAACUUCACAUUAUUAAGUUUUAGUCAUGUUCGCAAUGCAUUAUGGGAAAGAGAAGGAUCUUUUAAUGUGCCGCAGCCACGUUUCCAGCUCGCAAUUUCUCAGUCGGACGCAACCCCACUUUGAACGACGGACUUGCACCACUUGCACCCUUCCACCGCGCUGUCUACACUUCCAAAGGAAGGACGCUGCACGGCUGCCUUAUCUACUGAAUCUGAAUGGCAAACGCGACCCACCAUCGGAGGGGCUCCACCGGCCUAGUGCCGGUGUCCUGGCGGUCGGUUCCUCCGAACUGCGGGUUCGACUCUGAUGGCCGGGAGGGUGUGCUGCGUCUCUUCCCGGGCCGGGCCGAUAUGAAGCGUGACCAAGACGCAUCGUCUGACUCGGGGGUCCCACCACGGGUCCCGCAGCGGGGUGGAGGUUCCAGGCUGAAACCUCCCCAGGUUUAUUGCGAGUUCAACAGAGUGGUGGGGAAAAAUCUCAAGGACAACUUCUUCGAUGCACUUGACCGUUUCUCUCCGAGCCUGAUGGACCUCUUCAGGAAGAAGAAGGGUGUCACUGGCCAAUUUCUGUCUGAGCUUUUAAGUCAGACAAAGACCACUGAGCCAACAGACAUCAGAUGCCUUUGUGUUCGGGGACUGCCAAUCAUCUUGGGGGAUAAGCCUUCUGCCUUCUUCAAGACCUGCACCGAUGCGGCUGAUAAGGAGGUGUACAGUCAAACUCCACUGGGAAUCCUCUGUGUCGGAGAAAAUCCUCAGCUCAACCCAUCUAGUGUGGCAAUCGUCUUGGAGGGGAAUGUGGUGAUGGAUGGACCGGCUAACCUGCCUCAGGCCUUCUGUGUCCUGUUCAGACUCAUUUAUGCCCUGCAACUGGAGUACCCAAAGUGCAUGAAAAACACUUUCCACUUUGUUCAGCAGGUGAUAUUAAAACUUGGUAAAGUUGAGCUGGCACCCAAAAUUCAGACUUUGAAAAAUCAGCUUACAUUGUGAAACGGGGUUCUGAAAAGUUAGCUACUGUUACAUAUGGCAAGUAUUUAGGCUUCCAUAUUGCAUUUUGUUGUUGUUGCAUGUUUGCACUGUUUGACCUAUUAAGCUUGUUGGCAUUUCCAUUUGUGUUUUAUUCUAUAAACUACUGACAACAUCUCUCCCAAAAGUCAUUUAGAGCAUUUAUUUGCAGAAAAUUACAACUGGUCAGAAUAACAGAGAAAAUGCUGUGUUUUCAAACCUCAAAUAAUGCAAAGAAAACAAGUUCUUCAUUAUUAAACAACACAAUACUAAUGUUUGAACUUAGGAAGAGUUCAGAAAUCAAUAUUUGGUGGAAUAACCCAGAUGUUUCAAUAACAGCUUUCAAUGCGUCUUGGUUGCUCGCCACCAGUCUGUCACAUUGUUGCUGGGUGACUUUAUGUCUCUCCUGGCACACAAACUCAAACAGCAAUGUGAAAGGUGUUGCAGCCAAGACGCAUGAAAGCUGUGAUUGCAAAUCUGGGUUAUUCCACCAAUUACUGAUUCCUGAGCCCUUCCUAUGUUAAAACAUUAGUAUUGUGUUGUUGAAAAAUGAAUUUUAAAUUGUUUUCUUUGCACUAUUCAAGGUCUGAAAACACUCAUUUGGUAUUUUUUGUAAAUAAACGCUCUAAAUGAGAAUAUUUGGAGUUUGGGAUAAAUGUUGUCAGUCAUUAAUUUAUAGAAUAAAACACAAAUGUUAAUCCAGUUUUUACCAAUAGUAAAACGAGAGAAACUGGUAAUUUUACAGAGGUCUCUUAAUUUUUUCAGAGC